AUGAGAGGGCGAGCCGCCGCCAAGGGCGGCGCCUCGUCCAGCGAGUACUACAUGGAGCAGGAGAACGACGACCAGAUCGGGCUGCUCGCCGGGAAGGUGAGUGCGCUGCGCGGCAUCGCCGUCCAGAUCGGCGAUCACGUGCGCGAGGACAACAAGAUGCUCGACGGGCUUGAUGACCGGCUGGGCAAGCUCGCGUCCUCGAAGGACUCGAGGCACAUGUUGUACCUCGCGCUCUUCGUGGUCGCCGUGAUCCUCCUCAUCUACAAGCUGCGGUGA